UUGUUUUGGGUAAUCCGUCACUUCCUGCUUUCGUUGCGGCUAAGCGGAAGAUAACAUUGGAGUUUCAGCAGGCAGUUUGUCGGAGAAUACGCUAUUUAGUAUAGCUUUAUUCGAUACAUUUUGAGAUAUAAAGUUUGGAGUGCUAAUUUUCAUCAUGUUUUCCUUCAACAUGUUUGACCACCCGAUGCCACGGACUUUCCAAAACCGCUUCUCCACUCAAUACCGCUGCUACUCUGUGUCCAUGCUGGCGGGUCCCAACGACCGGUCUGAUGUGGAGAAGGGAGGAAAAAUUAUAAUGCCGCCAUCUGCACUUGACCAACUAAGCAGACUUAACAUCACCUACCCCAUGUUGUUCAAACUUACCAACAAGAACUCCGACAGAAUGACACACUGUGGUGUCUUGGAGUUUGUAGCAGAUGAGGGGAUUUGCUACCUGCCACACUGGAUGAUGCAGAAUCUCCUGCUGGAGGAAGGGGGCCUGGUCCAGGUGGAGAGUGUGAACCUCAUGGUGGCCACAUACUCCAAGUUCCAGCCACAGAGCCCAGACUUCCUGGAUAUCACUAACCCCAAAGCAGUGUUGGAAAAUGCCUUGAGAAACUUUGCCUGCUUAACUACAGGAGAUGUUGUCGCAAUUAACUACAAUGAAAAGAUCUAUGAACUGCGAGUGAUGGAGACUAAGCCAGACAAGGCCGUAUCUAUCAUUGAAUGUGAUAUGAAUGUGGACUUUGAUGCGCCGCUUGGUUACAAAGAACCAGAGAGGUGUUACAAAGCACCAGAGGAGCCCACAGAGGAGGAAGGAGACCCCAACACUUGGACUGAAAUGGACAUGAGAUUCAGAGCUUUCACAGGUUCAGGCAAUCGCCUGGAUGGCAAAAAGAAAGGCAUCGAGCCCAGCCCCGUCCCCAUCGAUCCCAGUGACAUUAAAAGAGGGAUUCCUAACUAUGAGUACAAGGUUGGCAGGAUCACCUUCAUCAGAAACUCCAGGCCUCUGCCCAGGAAAACAACAGAGGAUGAGGAUUCGGAAUUCAUCGCCUUCUCUGGUGAGGGAAAGUCACUUCGCAAGAAGGGUGGCAGAAAGCUUUGAGGCACUACAGUAUUCAACUGCAGAGACUGACUGACUGACUGCAGACUCCACAUACAUACUCACACACCCACCAUAAGCAACCAAUAAAGGCAGGUCAUGAAAAGAGCUGGGUUCAUUUUUUUCUUUCCCUUGGCAGGAAUCAACAAGGCGUUACUUUCCUUUGAUCAUAUUGUAAUGGUCUUGCCCAUGGUAAGCAUGUUAAAAGCACAUUUAAAAAAAUGAAUGUUAUUGGGACUGUGGUUAGAGUCCAGGGUUGCUGGUAUGAGCCCAUUCAAAGACAGCAACCCUUUCCUUUCACUACAAUAUGAUAAAUAUCAUAGAUCAUUGUUUUACCUUUCAACGGAAUGACAGUUGUUAAUGUUGGAGUGGGUUUGAUUUUUCUUGGAAUAUGUAUCAAAUUAAUUUGGAAACGCUCCUCUGACAUUGGAACCUGUUGGACUUGAACUUUGAGUGAUGAGUGAUAGAUAAAUGCUAUUUCGUUUGUUUAUUUAUCAACUCUGAAGUAAAGUACAGUGUUUUGAAUGUG